CUGUGUGUAUUCACUGCCUGUGGAGGGCAGCGAUGCCCCUGACGGUCGUCGAGCCUCCGAGCAGAAGAAGAGGCAGCGUUGUCAAAUCAGAGCGCAGAAGAAGAAUUUAACGGUUCCCGGUCGUUGACCCGCUCCCGUCUCCACGGUGCCGCCGGCUUCCUAAUGGUUUGGGACGGAGCUCCACUGUACCACACAUAACGCGGCUGGCUGUUUCAUGCACUGCAGCUAACGCGAUGUCUGACCGACGAGCAGCUCGCGUCAUGUGUUGACGGCUCGCUGCUCACUACGGAUCACUGCGACCAAAGACCCGGAGUGAUGGAGGAGGGCUCAGAGGUGAUGGAGGAUAUAGUAUUUCGAGGAGUGGAGUUUUCUGUGAAGAUAGAGGUGGACAAGGGUUUGCUGAUAGUCGAAAUCUCUGAUGCAAUGACAGCGGAUCAAUGGAGAGGGGACUUUGAUCCGGCAUACAUUGAGGACCUCACGCGCAAAACAGGCAAUUUCAAGCAGUUCCCCAUUUUCUGCAGCAUGUUAGAAUCGGCUGUUAGAAAGAUGAGUGAUUCUGUUACACUUGACCUCUUGACCUACGCUGACCUGGAGCUGCUACGUAACAGAAAAGCAGGAGUGGUUAGUCGUCCUCAAGGGAAUCAGCAGUCAUCUGUUCUCACUUCCAAAAGAUACCUAAUCCUCAUAUAUACUGUGGAGUUUGACAGGAUACACUACCCCUUACCCCUGCCCUAUGUGGGUAAGCCUGACCCGGCUGCCCUGCAGAAGGAAGUCCGAGCUCUUAAGGCGGAGCUCAGCACCGUCUCCUCUCAUGGAAUUAACAAAUCUGCAGAACAGGAAAUACAACGGCUACGAGCAGAGCUGGCUCAGGUGAAACAAGAAAAGGAUGCCAUGGCUAAGGUUCUGGAGCGACUGCAGAGCAGUGGAAGUGGACGGGAGGACUGGAGGGUCAGAGAUGUGGUGAGGACGCUGGAGGAGCAGCUCGUCAAGGAGAGGGCCAAAAGUCAACGUUCAGCGAGCAAGAGAUGCCAGGAUCAGCGACUCCUCAUGGAGCAGUUCGAGGAGCUGAGAGCAUCGGAGUGCGCUCUCCGCGUUCGGGUCAAGAGUCUCACCAGUGAACUAGCGUUACUACGGAGAGGGUUAGGCAAUCUAAACAUCAGAGUGACUCCUGUGUCCGGUCACAUCAGCUCUCGGGUUGAUGGAGAAAUCUAUCGCUCUGUCUCCCGCGAGAGGAGGUUGGGGUACGGGACAGUCAGGGCCCGUUCAGGCUCCAGAGAACGGAUGGAUGACAGAGGUCGAAGGUCAGAGGAAAGAGGCCGAAGAUCGGACUCCUCAGGACCUCGUGCUCGGAUACCCAGGCCGUCACCUUCUCCCACUGGGUCCCAGGUACAACGCUUUGACCCAACUGCCUACAUCCAGGACAGGCAGCGCAGACUGAAAGAGGCAGAUCUCAAAAAACAGAGGAAGGUACGGAGGGACAUUCUGACAUCACCCAUAGCCCCUGAGAGGGGGCGUUCACGUUCCAGAGAGGCCUAUCCUCAGAUGGCCCGGUCUGGCAGCAGAGGCAGGAGUCUAUCAAUGGAGCGGCGAGGGAGCAGAAACUCCUCUGAAAGCUCAUUAGUGGAUAUGGAUGAAAUGCCCAAAAAUCUGUACAGAGGGAGAAAACAGACUUACAAUGGACCCAAUGUGUCUAGAGGAGGCCUUUUGACCAGGAAACCAAUAUGCAGUACUCCAACACACAGAGGUAAAGACAAAGAGAGCUCCAUAGAUACAGGGGCCGAGCUGUCGGAGAUCGAUGCCAGGCUAUUGGCCCUUCAGGAGUACAUGAGGGACCUGGAUACAGGACACUAGCAACCACUGCACAGCCCACUGCUCAAGUCACUCCAUAUGACCUGACAACUGCACAGCUUGAAGCUCUGGACGUCUUUCAUCUCUUUCUGGGAAGGUCAAACCCAGAAGGAGUCCAGGACUUCAGGAAACUAAAGCCAUCACUGUGAAGGACUCCUUUUUUUUGGACUGAAUUUUUUUAUUUUUUUAAUAUUUUUAUUUUCUAUUAAUUAACUUAAAAGAUGACUGUGUCUGUGUUUUCUUUUUUUACACCUCACCAAACCAACUUAACUUGGACAGAAGAUUUGGCAGUACCUCAUUCCAUAAAUAUUUUUUUUUAUCCUUUACUUGCUUGUUGAUGUUUCCCCUCAAACACUUAUAAAUAUUUCUAGUGGAGUUUUUUUCCUGUCAAUGUGUGGGCAUCAUCUCUUCCUUCCUAAACACAGUGGGUGCGAAUGUGAACAUGUUAACAAUAGACUGUAAAACCUGUGAUGGACUGUCUCCUCUGUCCAGUGCAUGUUAGAAUACGCACCCUGAAAGACGAGUAGUGGACAUGACUGACUGCAUGCAUGUCAUGUCAAUAUUUGGUGGCUAAAUGUCAUUCCAGCUUUAGUCUGCAUUUACAAUCCAUAUGUUGUAAUCUACAUUACAAUUUAACUUUUCCAUUGUUUGAAGAGUAUAUAAGUAGACCCAAUUUCCCUUUGAGCUCAUAUUUCAAACUCAAGCCUAAAAUAUUUUAAUUUUGGAUAACGUUUGUGUAAGGAAAUACUUAUCUAGGAUAAAUUGGACAGACUAAUAUUUGUAUUUAUGUGUACACAAAUCCAUACCACUUUCAUGGUGAUAGUGCAUGCAAGUGUAUGAACACAACAGUUCUUGUUGAUCGUGAAACUGCCACAUUUUCUAUGAAUUGCUGUACGUGUAUGUGCACAAAGACUGUUACUAAUGCCUUUUAUACCACCUUGAAAUAUAAUUUAUAACAAA